CUGCCUCCUUCGGCUGGCUUGAGCGUGCAGGGUAGUGCGGUGCCGGAGUCGGGCAAGAGCGGAGGGCGGCUGCCGCUUUUCCCAACUGGGAAGCCACCGGAGGGGCGUUUCGUGGCGCUUCUUCUUCGCCGCGCGUCCUUCUGCCAAUGCGGAUCGCCUUCGCGGGGAAGGGGUACGGCGUUCGCCCGGCGGACCUGCUCGAAAGUCAAACCAGACGUGGUGGGAGCUGCGAAGUUGGAGCCCGCGAGAAGAAGGAGCGGAGGCUUUCGGGGGCGCCUCCGCCGCCGCCGCCGCCUUUCUCUUUUUCAAAGUUUCCUGCUGGUGCAGCAUGAAGUGCAGCGAUGGCAAGGAGAGGUAAGACGGUGGUGAGGACGCUGGAAGAUCUGACGCUGGACUCGGGCUAUGGUGGUGCCGCAGACUCCGUCAGGUCCUCCAACUUAUCCCUCUGCUGCUCCGAUUCCCCUCACUCGGCUUACCCCUAUGGAGGAAACAGCUGGCAGCAGCAGCAGCAGCGCCUAACUGACUCCAUGCACAGUCGGCACAACAGCUUCGACACCGUCAACACUGUCCUGGUGGAAGACUCCGAAGUGCUGGACUGCGCCGGGCAGCACUGCUCCAGGCUGUUGCCUGACCUUGAGGAGGUUCCCUGGAGCCUCGACGAGGUGGAAGCGGUCCUCCUCCCGCAGCGCAAAGAGGCCCGAGGGCUAGGGGUGGCCCCGGCCGCCAGCUCCAGCAGCGCCGCCAGCUCCACCACCGUCAGCAGCAGCAGCGGAGGCGGCGGCGGAGGAGGAGGAGGCGGCGAUGGCGGCGGCCCCCUUUGCAAAGACGCCUUGGCCAGACUUUCCACCUUGGUCAGCCGGGCUCUGAUCCGUCUGGCCAGGGAGGCUCAGCGGCUGAGCCUGCGCUUCGCCAAAUGCACCAAGUACGAGAUCCAGAGCGCCAUGGAGAUCGUCCUGGGUUGGAGCCUGGCCUCCGGCUGCACGGCGGCCGCCCUCGGCGCCUUGUCCCUCUACAACAUGAGCAGCAGCGGCGGCGACCGCUUCAGCCGGGGCAAGUCGACCCGCUGCGGCCUCACCUUCUCGGUGGGCAAGUUCUACCGCUGGAUGGUGGACAGCCGGGUGGCCGUGCGAAUCCACGAGCACGCCGCCAUCUACUUGACCGCCUGCAUGGAGAACCUCUUCCGAGAGGUUUACGGCCGGGUCCUGCAGCUCGCCGCCUCGGCGCCGCACCAGCAGCCCCAGACGCAGCCCCACCAAAACAACCCGCCGCCUCAGCCGCAACAGGCUCAGCUGCACCACAGGGGCCCCUGCUCCAGCGCCGGCUCUGGCGGGACCUGUGCCGCCUCCGCCGCCAGUCUGCCCCCUGCCGCCGCCGCCGCCGCCGCCGCCAACAAGGAGCGAGAGACGAACAGCGGCGGCGGCGGCAGCCUGACUGCUAACGAAGCGCCAAAGUUUACGCUCGAGUCUCUGGAGCAGACGGUCAACAACGACUCGGAGCUGUGGGGGCUGCUGCAACCCUACCAGCACCUGAUCUGCGGGAAAAACGCCAGCGGUGUUCCUUGCCUGCCAGAGAGUCUGAAUCUUCACAAAGAACAGCAAAGGUCAAAUAAGCCAGGAGAUGUCCAGAUGUUUAGCCAAUCAGAAUUGCGAACCAUCGAGCAGUCGCUGCUUGCUACACGCGUGGGAAGCAUUGCAGAACUUAGUGACCUGGUGUCUCGGGCAAUGCACCACCUGCAGCCGCUCAGUGCAAAGCAACAUGGCAACACCACACCUUUGCAUCAUCGGCAGGGAUCGCUCUACUGGGAACCGGAGGCCUUGUACACUCUGUGUUAUUUUAUGCACUGCCCACAAAUGGAAUGGGAGAACCCCAAUGUGGAGCCUUCCAAAGUCACACUACAGACAGAAAGGCCGUUUAUCGUGCUGCCCCCUCUGAUGGAAUGGAUAAGAGUUGCUCUGGCUCACGCCGGGCACCGCCGCAGUUUCUCGGUGGAUAGUGAUGAUGUACGACAAGCAGCCCGGCUUUUGCUUCCAGGAGUUGACUGUGAACCUCGGCAGUUAAAAAUUGAUGACUGCUUCUGUGCUUCUCGGAAACUGGACGCAGUGGCCACAGAAGCAAAAUUCAAGCAAGACCUAGGGUUCCGGAUGUUGACCUGUGGCCGAACAGAUCUGGUCAAGCAGGCCAUAUCUUUGCUGGGGCCUGAUGGAAUUAACAGCAUGAGUGAACAGGGUAUGACUCCAUUGAUGUAUGCUUGUGUGCGGGGUGAUGAGGCCAUGGUCCAGAUGUUACUGGAUGCUGGAGCAGAUCUAAAUGCUGAGGUUGUCAAUACUCCUCAUAAAUAUCCAUCCGUCCAUCCUGAGACCCGUCAUUGGACCGCCCUGACAUUUGCUGUGUUGCAUGGACAUAUUCCUGUAGUCCAGCUACUACUGGACGCAGGAGCCAAAGUAGAAGGCUCUUUGGAACAUGGUGAGGAAAACUAUUCAGAAACACCCUUGCAACUGGCAGCAGCUGCUGGAAAUUUUGAACUGGUUAGUCUGCUUUUGGAGCGAGGUGCUGAUCCUAUGAUUGGAACAAUGUACAGGAAUGGAAUUUCCAUGACUCCACAAGGUGAUAUGAACUCCUUCAGCCAGGCUGCUGCACAUGGACACAGGACUGAACAUGCGCAGCUAGCAAGAUGUAAGCGUAUCAGGAACGUGUUUCGUAAGCUUCUUGCUCAACCAGAGAAGGAGAAGAGUGAUAUCUUGUCCCUGGAGGAGAUAUUGGCUGAAGGAACUGACUUAGCAGACAGCACGCCUGCUCCUUUAUGUGCAAGCCGCAACAGCAAGGCCAGACUCAAAGCUCUGAAAGAGGCGAUGUAUCACAGCGCUGAACAUGGCUAUGUGGAUGUAACCAUUGACAUCAGGAGUAUAGGUGUUCCAUGGACUCUCCAUACCUGGUUAGAAUCUUUGCGAAUUGCUUUUCAACAACAUAGAAGGCCUCUCAUCCAGUGCUUGCUCAAAGAAUUUAAAUCUAUCCAGGAGGAAGAAUAUACUGAAGAACUCAUCACACAAGGAUUGCCUUUGAUGAUUGAAAUCUUGAAAGCAAGUAAGAACGAAGUGAUUAGUCAACAGCUGGCUGUCAUUUUCACUCAUUGCUACGGACCUUAUCCUAUUCCCAAGCUUACUGAAAUCAAACGCAAACAGACAUCUCGUUUAGAUCCUCAUUUCCUCAACAAUAAAGAAAUGUCAGAUGUUACAUUCCUUGUGGAAGGAAGACCAUAUUAUGCUCACAGAGUAUUACUAUUUACUGCAUCUCCUAGGUUUAAAGCAUUGUUGUCCAGCAAACCUCCCUCUGAUAGCACUUUCAUUGAGAUCAGCUAUGUGAAGUAUCCCAUUUUCCAGCUUAUUAUGCAGUAUCUCUACUGUGGAGGUUCAGAGUCACUUCUCAUUAAAAACAAUGAAGUUAUGGAGCUUCUAUCUGCUGCUAAAUUUUUCCAGCUUGAAGCAUUGCAACGUCACUGUGAGAUCAUCUGUGCAAAAAGUAUCAACACAGAAAAUUGUGUGGAUAUUUAUAAUCAUGCCAAGUUUCUUGGAGUCACAGAACUAGCUUCUUUUUGUGAGGGUUACUUUCUAAAAAAUAUGAUGGUCUUAAUUGAAAAUGAAGCUUUCAAGCAGUUGCUGUAUGACAAAAAUGGAGAUUCACCUGGCCAAAAUGUUCUACAAGAUUUACAGAGGACGUUGGCAACACGGAUCCAGUCGAUUCAUUUAUCAUCCUCGAAAGGCUCCAUUGUAUAAAGUUCUGGAAGUAUUUGAAGUUUCAUCAGAGACACUGCACGUGAAAUAUUGCUGUUGUAUUAUCUUGAGCAAACAUAUAAUUCUUUUCCUACUGGAAUAUUACAUUGCGGUUAUGGGCCAAAGGUGCUGCCACUUACUUGAAUCUUCUUUUGGGCAAGAUGUUGUGGUACAAGUGACUCCUGGGCAUUUUUGGAACUACCAGGGUGCAUUGGUGUCCUGUGAAUAACAUAUUGUUCACAUUCUGGAUGCAGAAGUGUUGUUGUGUAACUAACGCCAGCAGGAGAUGGGAUAAGUGCUGGUAAAGAGCAGAAACUCUGAAAGAACAAGAAUGCCAUGGAACAAUUCUUUGACAAAACCAACACAUCAGGUUUUUAUUACACAAUGUUCUGUUCUGUUUGUUAUUUUCUUGUUUGGGAGAAGAGGCUAAGCCCUGUAAUUCUUCCCACUUUCAAAGUCCAUUGUAUUACACAUUUAAGAAAUAUAGAACUGGAUUACUUGCAUAUUAGCAUUUUUUUUAAAAAAAAAUGAUUAAGACUGUUAAAAAUGUGAAAAUGUAUUUUCACAAUUUGUUAGUGGUGUGGUUUUUUUUUUUAAAUGGUUCCUAAAUAAAUGGGAUGGCUCUAAAUUGUUUUCCCCAAAAAAUAUAUUUAAAAUUGAAUGUAAUAGGUUAAGUUUGGUUAUUCUUUUGUUUUUAAAUGGUGAAAUAUGCACUGUGUAGACAUAGAUAUGAAAAUGGUUCGGUUCAUCUGCUUUCUUUAAAACUGAUAUAAUCUUGCCCAAAUGUUCUGAUUACACCAGUGUUUCUCAACCUCAGCCGCUUGAAGAUGUGUGGACUUGAAGAUGUGCGGACUUCAACUCCCAGAAUUCCCCAGCCAGCAAAUUGCUGGCUGGGGAAUUCUGGGAGUUGAAGUCCGCACAUCUUCAAGCAGCCGAGGUUGAGAAACACUGGAUUACACCAAAGAGGUGCAAUUACCAAGAAUUUAAUAUUUGGGGUAGGGGGGAAAUCUGCAUGCUAGUUGUGGUUUGGGACUUAAAACAGCAAUGAAACUCAACAUGCAUUUGCAUGGUAAUGGUACUUGUGAAAUGUUAUGUUUGUGCUUAAUUUUUCCAAGAAAAAAAAAAUGACAAUGCAAUGUUAGUUCACUGUCAAUUCCAUUUGUGAAGUUGUAUUUCAGAGUUUAUUUUCUGGAUGCAUACAGUUCCCACAGAGUAGAGCUUUAAAGAUGAAGAUUUCUAGUUAUGUACGAAAGGUCAAUCCUGGGUCUUUAUUAAGGGAGAAGAUGGUAUUUUGUUACUAGGCAGAGGUUAUGAUCAAGAUGAUUUAUUUUAAUUAUAUAUUAAAUAUAUGCUAUAGAGUGAUUUCUUGCCAUAAAUUCCGAAUGAGUCAACUAUAUGCUUAUAGAGGCCUGUACCAGGCCUUGGAUUAUUCAGUGACAAAUAUUUUUAAGACAACUUUAAUAAGUGCCACACAAACUCAACAAUGUUGAUUGGAUCAGCUGUUAUUUUGUGGAUUUGCAGGUACACAAGAUUCCAUCAGAAUCGUUUAUCAUGCUAGCUUUCCUUUGAUAGAAAUGAAUUAUGGCUGGUUCAUAAGCUUUGAGAUAUUUGUGAUGAUGAUGAUGGCGCAAAAGUAUAUUCUUUUAUAAAGGUGCUACUUCUCGUUUAAAGAUUUUUAAAAUACAUAUAUAUAUAUAUACAUACAGGAAUAUACAGGAAUCCAAUUUUUGUAGUAGAAGGUCAGAAAAGAAAGCUCUGGACAAUCCUCCUUAGUUGCUACUUAAACCAUUGUAAGCAACAGCACUUGCAAAGGUGCCUGAACUACCUUAAAAUUCUACUGGCACAGUUUGGUGACUAAAUAGUGAAAUACCAGUCUUGCCCAUCUCUGCUGUGUGGUCUGCAAUUAGCCUCUUCCUUUCACUGAAUGUUGCAAUGCUUAUAAGGGCAAGAAGCUGACCACUGUUGAGACUGUCUCCUUGCAGUCCUUCCCUUAUGGCUGUGCUUCCUAGUAAGUAAGACAGCAGGUGGGCUGUUAUAACAUCACAUCUGAAAGUCCUGUAUGCGUUAAUUGCCAAGUUGCCAAACAGUAGUUCAGGAUGUCGGAUCAUGCAGCAUUAAAAGUGUACGAAUGUUUUUUUUUUUUUUUACAAACUAAGGAUGGAUUCUAAAGCCAACUUCCCACAACAUGCUAGAACCAGGCCAACACAAUGAGCCACAAUAUGGUUUGUCUUGGCAUAGCAUGUUAGAAGAACCCAGCCAUUUAUUUUGUGAUUUCGGGUUUAGAGCUAGGCUUGUAACGGGAAUCUAAUUUAAUCUAAACAGUUAUUGUGAUGUAACGUUUGUGAAUAUAAGAAACAAAAGAAAUGGUUUUUUUGAACUCUGUGCAUGUCCUGUUCAACCGUGAGGGCUUGUUCUAUUUUGAAAGGAAAAAGGAAAGUUAAAUGGCAUUUGUGAAAACAUAUGUCCAUCUUAGCGGUACUGGCCUAUAAACACCAAAGGAAUUGGGACAGGGAAGAAAAAAAGCUUGUAGAUGGAUCCUCUUGAUAAGAAGUUUAAAAAUCCAGAAUCACGGAGACUGUUGCACAAAUCUUUGGAUUCUCAUAUAAUGGGAAGAAAGCUACAGGCAGUUCUCGACCUACAACAGUUCAUUUAGUGACUGUCCAAAGUUACAACAGCAUUGGAAAAAAAGUGUCUUAUGCCCGUUUUUGACACUUACCACCAUUGCAGCAUCCCCAUGGUCAGAUGCUUGGCAACUGACUCAUAUUUAUGACGGGUGCAGUGUUCCAGGAUGAUGCGAUCACUUUUUGCGAACUUCUGACAAAGUCAAUGUGGGGCAGACAGAGUCACUUAACAAACUGUAUUGUAACUUAACAACUGCAGUAAUUCACUUCACAAGCAUGGCAAGUAAGGUCGUAAAAUGGGGCAAAGCUCACUGUCUCACUUAGCAACAGAAAUUGUGAGCUCAAUUGUGGUCGUAAGUUGAGGACUACAGUGCUUCUCUGCUUUUUCCAGUGUGGCUGCCAAUGGCUUCUCCCCUCUUUUUGACCCGGGGCCUUGGAGGGAUUUCAGAAGCGCUGCCAUGUUGAAGGAGGGCCAAGUGAGAUCCUUUCUGGACUGCUCAGACAUGGAUGGCAGCAAUUACAUUCUUUCAUCCUUUUCUGACAGGAAGAGCAUGCUGCAAGACAAAGCAAAUAAAAAUUGCAUAGCUACAAUUAGAGGAGGGUUUGUCCACCUAUAUUACUGCGGCUUUUCAGUGUUCUGCCACUGUCUUAUUAUCACAUAAAUUCCUAGGAUCUUGGACUCCCAGUUGUCUUCAGGAGAGAGAAAGAUGGUGACAUUUUCUAUUUCUUUCUUUUUCAGUACCAAUUAAUAGCAACAACUAUUUUGAUUAAUCUUCCGGAAUUGAUGUCAUGUUCCAGUGUCAGAUUUCUAUUUUACAUAUUGACAUUUCUUUGAAAUUUAAACUAUACUUACCAUUUUAUUGAAGUUGCAAACUGAUUGAAGGAUUUAGAAUCAAGAUGGUAUUGGUUUACUAUUAAGAUAAUAUUGUGCCAAAUGUUAGCUACAUGAUAAUGGUUUAUGGCAAGAUGUAUUAAGUACUUAAUGGACCUUAUGGCUGGUCCACUUCUUUUGCUGUGUCUGCAAUCUCCUAAUUGAGAGAUUGUUUUCAUCCAAGUUCCUACUUCCUAUCAUUCUGCAAAGGCUCCAGUGUUGAAUAACAAGCUUCUGGAACCAUCUGUGCGCUAACAAUGCAACAUACAUAUUAUUAAAUAAAUAACUAGGUAACUAAAAAGACGGCCUAGAUCAUAUAACUAAUAAUGAUUUAACAUCUGCUGUUACUCUUGUUGUAUAUGCUUUUGCUGUACAGUUCCAACAGGAGUCAUUUGUACAAUAUCUUUUAAAAAGAUAUGUAUUAUGUAUUAAUCAAGCAAGCAAGCCAUACAUGAUACCUUGUCUUUGUCUUUGACUACUUUCUAAAGAAAAUAAUUCCCAAUAUUGAAUUUUCACUCAUCAGUUUUAUGUUACCAUUAAUUGUCCUAUUGUAGGAAGGCAAGUAGAGAUAAAAGUAAUACAUACAUACAGAUGGGACAAGAUAGAAGAGUAAAGUAGUUGGAGAGGAUAAUAGUCAUAUUUUGGUAUAGUAUAGGUAGUUCUUGACUUAAUGACCACUUAAUGACCAUUCAAAGUUAUGAUAGACACCCCCCCCAAAUCUACUUAAAACUAGGCUUCAAAGUUCUGAGGUUGCCUCCCCCCAUGGUCACAUGACUGCAUUGUGGGCAUUCGAUCACCAGCCCACAUAUGACCAUGGUCAUCUAACUGAAAUUUAUAACAAUUUUGCCAGAAACAGCAUUUACUUGUGGUUUCUGGCAAAAGCCAGCACAUAGUGGACAUGUCAGCUUAAUGACCACUGUGAAAAAGGUCAUACAAGUGGGAUGACCAUGUAAGUUAUCUGUUUUAUGACACGACUUAAUAAUUGUAAUUUCUAAGCUCAAUUAUCAAAUUCAAACAUUAUCUCUCAUAGAUCUGAUAGAGAGUUGGCAUAAUGAACAGGAACAGGUUUCUCUGAAAUUAAACGUAAAACCUAAAUGGGCAGAACCUACAUCCUCAUACAAAGAACUGUGGCUGGGUUUUUUUGUCUCCAGUCACAUAAAUAUGUUAUUUAUUCUCACACACAAACUCCAAUAUCAAAUGAAAACUCAGUUUAUCAGCUCAUUUUCACCGAAAAAAUGUGUUUGUCCGAAUGCCUAGUGAAUAGCUUCAUUUAUUCAGUGUCUUUCCUUCCUGUUCUGAAAUCACCCCUUUGGCUGUUUUUGUAAGAUGGGACUUCAAAGAAUAUGGCACAUUGAGAAAGAGUUUGUGCUAGGGAGAAAAAAAAGGCAUGUACUUAUUUUUUUAAGAAUGAAAGCAGAAGUCACAGUCAAGUAGGAAAAAGCCUAAGCUAUGAAACCCUGCAUAGUUGGUGACGAACACGUUUGGUAAGUUGAACCCCAGUUCACAAGGUCGGAUAUUUAGGAACACACUAAAUCUAUCUGAACUAUGCACAUAAAAUAUGAAAUGUGACUUGGAUACAUCUAUAAAGUCAAGAAAACCCCAGUCAAAUUAUUUGUACCACAUGACGCAAGUAAAAAAAGAUGAAGCUUUGCUUCUACAAUCCUAAUUACCAUUUUGACAUUUUUGACACCCAGUGCCUCUUCAUGCAACAUUUAACACAUGUAUCGGGAUACGUUGAAGCUUGCAGCUGCAUCUAUAUUGAGUAGCAAAGCUACAUUUGCCUUUGAGUAACUUGUGAAUUCUUCCUAAGUCUUCAAGCUCCUAAAAAUUUUAUCAGCUGCCAUUUUUUGGUCAUAACAAUAUUCAUUCAUUCUGCCACUUUCCUUCGAAAUUUAAUUUCCAGGUGGGGAAUUUAAUCCGCAUGUAAUUAUUGAAUUUUAUCUAUUUUCAUUGAGCUGCCUUUUGAUAGACAACGAGAUGGAUGUUUCAUAUUUUAUGCAGCACCUUCUGUUUGGUGUGGCUAUAGAUCUCAAAGACUUACAGCCAUUUCAAAAUAGACUUUAAAAUUCAGCAUUCAGGUUUUUCAAUGGCUCAAAUGCCUGCAGUUUAAAAGACAGAUGACAUUUCUUCACAAUAAAAGGAAGGUGUAAAGGUGGGAUAGCCCAUAAUCUGAUUUCCUUUCUUCAGAAACUGACAUUAGUCAGCCAUUACAGGCUAUAUACACAUUUAGAGUUUCACACAGACAUGUUGUACAUUUCGGAGAUACCUUUUUUGCUGGGUUAGAAUAGAGAUGACUGGAGAUGGCACACGCUUCAAAGAUUUAUUACCAUUAAAGAACUGAUGAGAAUAAAGUAAUCAAAAUAUGACAAAAUUCCAGCCAUAGCUGUCAUACCACACUUAAGAUUCUAUCUAUUUCCUGUCUCACACUUCAGUAUGAUGCUGUAGAAUAUUGAAACCCUCAUUGUGGCUCUAUUCAAAAUACAAUUUUGGCUACAUUCAAAGUAUAGUUUUGAGGGUGAAGUAAUUUGGUAAAGGUCCGUUGUUAUCCAAAGCUCUCCCUUUUCCUGGCAAUAAAAAUAGAAUAAACGCUUUGAAAUAUCGUAAUGAUACCUCAAAUCUGCUGACUGAGUAGAUCUCGCUCCUUGUUUUUCUGUCCUUGUUCUUUGAAGUUACACACAGUCUAGUCUUAAAGCUCCAAAAAUAAACUAUAGCAAUCUAUAGUAUUUAUAGUGUAUCUUUAAGAAGUUUCCUAAAGAUCUUUCCUUGGAUAUUUGGAUACUCUUUGAAUAAACUGAGAUUUUUUUCCCAUACUGCAAUCUAAAAUAUUAAACAAUUAUCAUAUUAGACAUCUACAAUUCUAUGUACUGUAUGUAAAAUACAUAGAUCAGAAUAACAGAAAAACAGAUUGGAAGGGACAUUGGAGGUCUUCUAGUCCAACCAUCUGUUGAAGCAGGAGACCCUAUACAAUUUCAGACAAGUUGCCGUCCAGUCUUUUCUUAAAAGCCUCCAGUGAUGGAUCACCCCAACUUCUGAAGGCAAGCCAUUCCAUUGAUUAAUUGUUCUUACUGUUAGGAAAUUUCUCCUUAGUUCUAGGUUGCUUACCUGCACAGCACAGAGUGCACUGAUGAUGUUAUCUAGUUAGGUAAUGAAAUGUCUACAAGAAAACAACCAAACUCAAGAAAGCACCAAGAUCCUGGGAUUUGUAUGUCCUAGACUGGAUUUUCUCUGCUUAGCUCAAUGAUAAUAAGGCCAAUCACAAAUACAUGCACUCUUGAUUGCAAAUUGAUAUGGCAAAAUGAAAUUGGGCAUUACAUGCUACUAUCAAAAAUGGUGUAUUGCACUUUUCCUGGCCAACCUUCUUCUCACAUUAAAAAUGUAACAGACCUAAUGCAUUUGGGGCCAAUCUUUCUGAUAAGUGUGCACAGGUCAACCAUAUUAAAGAAGUGCCAUAAUAAACAAACAACAAUUGUAACCUGAUAUCCCCAAAACUACUGAUGUGUUGAUGUAGUUUAGCCUCUGGCCAAUGAGAUGAAUAGAAGAUCCACAUUUUGGAUCCUUUAAUUAAACAGUGGCAUUUAUCCACAACCAGGAAGUGUGCUUUUUCUAUUGUGAUAUCUGUCCUCUGGAAUGUAAUUCCAGAAUAUAAAUUGUGAACACGUACCAAAAAUGUUAUUCCCUCUCCCCCUUGAAAGUUCAUGUAAAUUAUAUUCAUGACAAGAGCAGAAAAAAAUGUAAUUUUCUUGUCUUACUCAUUGAACUCUGUGCAGGAUUCUGAUGAUGUCAUCCUUUAUUUGGGUGCCUCAAAGUGUUUCCACCAAGACAUCUAUGCUCUGUUAUCAACAAAAUCUAUUAUGAAGGAAAAGAUGAAAACAGUUAUGCAAUGCUCUACUUUUUUUUUUUUUUUGAAAGUAGAAGCACUCUGUGAUUGCCUUUUAAAAGCCACAUUUUCUUUUGGAUGAGAGAAAAAUGAAGAGAAAAGUAUUUUUGUCUUUGCUUAUUUUCACAUUAAUAGAAAAAUCAAACUUGUCAGUAGUAUAGAAAUAGCACCAGGCUGAUAGCAUUAUAUUUGUUUGAAUCCGAAAAAACCUCCAGUGUAUCUCUCUAGAUUCUAGAGUCUAGAAUGUCAAUAUAACAUCAUUGACCAUCAUCAUACAAAAGGGCUACUUUCAGCUGUGUUUCUGUCCUAUUCUAGAUUGAACAAUCACACAGCAAGUUUUGCAAUUUUUUUGAACCAGUUACAAUUAGAACAGUUAAAGAAGGCAGUUAAAAUAGUCAAAUGAUCAGGAGAAGUAAAGAGAAGGUGAGAUGUUGCCUGGUAGCUAAGGUAGCAUUAGAGGUUGAAGCCAGUGGUGAAAUGUAAAAUUUGUUACUACCGGUUCUGUGGGUGUGGCUUGGUGGGCGGAGAAAUGUGACUGGGUGGGCAUGGCCAACUUUUUUUUUUCUCUUUUAAAAACAUUUUUUCUACAACCUCUUCAGCUGAAGAGAUUGUAAAAAAAAAAAUGCUUUUAAAAGCCUCUGACAAUCCCAGCUGAGCCGCACGAUCAUCAGAGGCUUUUUUUUUACUUUUAAAAGUAUUUUUUCUGCGGAAGAGGUUGUAGAAAAAAUGCUUUUAAAAAUUAAAAAAAAAGCCUCUGAUGAUUGCGUGGCUCAGCUGGGGAUGGGGGGGGCAGGGAUGUUUGCUACCGGUUCUCCGAACCACCCGCCACCAUUGCUAUCGGAUCGGGCAAUCUGGUCCAAACCGGGAGCAUUUCACCCCUGGUUGAAGCCAAUAGUCCAGUGAUCUUGAGCUCAAGGCCCACAGAAUUCAACCAUGGCCAUUAGAGGCUAGAAGCGGGCCUAGAAUAUCUGCAAAUUUGGGGAAAUAGGGCAGAGUGGUCUGUAUCUGUCUAGGAUUCAAAUGUCAAUGUCCUACAAUGAGCUCAAUCCAUAAAAUUUAGAGUUUGAGAGUAGAGCAAAAAUAAAGAAAUAAGGAGAAUUGUUUUAAUUGAAGAAUUGUUUUCUACAGAAAGCAAGGACCCGGAGGUCCCUCUUAAGCAGAUGCAGUUCAGUUAAAUGUGCUAUCACCCUUGCAUCCUGAGUCGUCAAGCAGAUCAGCUUGGCUGUUUUCUUUGAAGUUGCCAAGUUGAGGCUAAGUUAAAAAGUCUUGCCUAAGACCUUGGAGAACUAGUUGCUUUAUGUUGCCUUGUAUUGUCAAGUCCAUGCUGGCUGGGAUUAGUGAAAGCAGGUUCAACAUUGAGAGGCAACAGACUGGGGGAGAUUAAAGUAGAGAGGGCCAAAUAGAUGGACCAAUAGUCUGUUGUUUUACCAAUUUACUGUACACAUCUCAUUGAGAUAUUAUGUAAGAUUUUUUGACAACCAUUGGCUGAAUUGAUACAAUCAACAUUUGAUUACAGUUUACUAUAAUGUGCUAAUGCAAUCAAUGUAAGGCAGUCAUAUAAAACUCAAAUGUUGUGAUAGAGGCCAAGGAGUAGAUGAUGAACUUUUCCUGUUUUAAAAAAAAGCUUGUUAUCUGUAAAGAAAAAGAAAAAAGGAAACAUUAAAUACAGUGUUUUCUCAACUGAGUCUAAAAUGCUUCCCCCUUCAAACUAGUAGGCAGACUGAGAUGGUAAAGAUAUAAAAGGGGUUGGCUCAUCCAGUAUUCCAAUAAACUCAUGAAUCACGCAAUAUCCUGCAAAGGGAAUGCAUGAUUCUAAUGAAUGAUCUAAAGCAGUGGCUCCCAAACUUUUGGGCACCAGGGACCAGUUCCAUGGAGACAAGCUUUUCCAUGGACUGGAGGGGGGUGGUUUUGCAUGCUGCCUGCAUCCCACGGAUGGGGCUUCGUUUCUUUGCGUGGACCGGUUUCUGGCAUGCUGAGGACCGAUACAGGUACACGCAUUGGGGAUUGAGGACUCCUGAUCUAAAGUUAAAAGCUUAAAGCACCUGGGGAAUGUUUCAUUUUCUAAAAUGUGUACCCUUUUAAAAUAGUGUUUUAAUAGAUUUUUUUAGAAAUAGUUUUUUUUAAAUCCAGUUUUAAAAUUGGAUCUUGCAACAUUCAAAAUAGCUCACUGUAACAGCGAACCAAUAAAACUAGGAUUAUAUCCCCCUGAGAUCUAGCAGAUGUUUAUUCAAACUCCUUAUUAAUAAGCAUAUAUAACAUGAUUUAGGAUCUAUAGCAUUACUCCGAUGCUUUGAGUGAUUGUGGAGAAGACUCUCCUAAAAUUGCUACAGCGUAUCUCCAAGAUAAAUCUGCUUACAAUACCAAUAGACAAAUGACUAAGCAAAUUGACUAGGAGCAGGAAAGUAUUUUUGAUUUAUUUACAAGCUUAUGCUCUCAGUGAAGAUCUUUAUCAGAGAUACUUUGCACUUUUUUUUGGAAAAAAACAAACUAUACUUUUAAUUCUUCAUGCAAAAAUUUUAUCUGGCUUAUUGCCCUUGUUCUAAACCAGACAGUUGGCCAUUAAUAUGGUGCCAAAACAAUAAAAUUAUAUUCCAGCAGGCAUGGAAAUUUGAAGGGAGAUUGCAUGGUAUUUUCUGUAUUUUUUUUUUCACCAAAAAGAACAAUACAGGCAUGCUAAACCUCAAUUCAGUGCAUUUCAGUUAAAUUCCCUCAACUCCAAAUGUGUCACAUUGUCCCCAGUACUUCUAGUGCUGAAAUCUUGUAUCACUGUAUCCUUUGCACUCCAGAAAGCACAACAAAAACCACUUGAAAAUAAUUUAUUCACGCCUGCCCUAAAUUUAUACAAUCAAAAGAUGGUUUAGGAAUAUUGUUAUAGUAUAUAUAGUCUUUAUUUAAACUGGUAGAUUAAAGCUAUAUACUGCCAGACAAUUUUUCUCCACCAGCAAUAGACAGCAAAAUACUGUAUGACCUUUGCAUUUGAUAGAGUAGCCCAGAAUGAUUCAUCGUCCUGAUUCUCCUCAUUCUUUUUAUGCACUUUUGUUCUGUUAGGUAUUAUGGUAUGGAAAUAGCAAGAUAAGAAUAGGUUAAUCAUGCUCUGGAGAAAAAACAUGAGCAGAGGUUAAAACUUGAGUUGCCAAGUCAGUCCAACAAAUCAUGGUGACAAAAAGCUCUGAAUUUUUAUUCAUUUUCUAUCUAUAAAUAGACUCAUUCCAAAAUAUCCAUGGGGUUAGUGAUGAGGUUUGAAGCUGACUAAAUGUUACAGGUUGAACAGGACUCCAUUUCUUAAGUAUGAAACUGUGCUACUAGAACUUUUAAGAGAACCUGCAGUUUUAGUGCGUUGAGCCCGUUCAUUGCUCGUUGGGGACGGGUAAAAGUGCAGACUUAGGCAUGUUUUAACAGUUUAGAGCAGGGUAUCAAUUUCAUUGAGGGCCGCAUCAGGGUUGUGUUUGACCUUGCGGGGCCAGGGUGGGUGUGGUCAGCUCAACAUCACUCGUGUGGUGGCCUGAGUGCUCUGUCAGCGAAAACAGCCUCUUGAGCUCCAUUUCUGGCUGCAAUGGCCUCCUGCAACCCUCUGCCUGCAAAAACGGAGUUCGCAGGGGCUGCGUGCGGUCUUUCCGAGCUCUGUUCUGGCUGUAAUGGGCUCCUGCAACCGUCUGCCAGUGAAAACAGAGUUUGCAAGGGCUGCACGCAACCCUCCCGAUCUCUGUUUUCUCUGGCAGAGGCACCGUGGGCCAGUCCUUUGUUUUUCCAGGGUGGCCCAUGGGCCAGAUCUAAACACCCCUUGGGCUGGAUCCGGCCUGCAGGCCUUGAGUUUGACACCUAUGGCUUAGAGCAGAGGUGGGCAACUAUGGUCCUUUUAUGACUUGUGGACUUCAAUUCCCAGAAUUCCUGAGCUAACAUGGCUGGCUCAGGAAUUCUGGGAGUUGAAGUCCACAAGUCAUAAAAGGGCCAUAGUUGCCCACCCCUGGCUUAGAGCAAUGUUUCUAAACCUUACCAAGUUUAAGAUGUCCAGAAUUUAAUGCCCAUAAUUCCCCAAUCAGAAUUGGAAAAUUGAAGUCCACAAAUCUUAAAGUUGUUGAGGUUGAGAAAUACUGACUUCAAGAAAUCAACAUCCCACUUAUUAAAAGUUAUGAGAAACAGGGGGGCAAUGGCAGUUGCGGAAGAUUAGAGAGAUGUUGAAGGAGGGGAAUGAAUUUUUAAACAACAGAUUUUAAAAGAAAUAUAGUGCUUGAUUCAGAGUAUGUUGGUAUUUUGACUGAAUUAUUUUUAAUGAAUUCAGACCAACUAACAAUGUCAAGUUCAUGCAAUUUGUGAGUGAAAAUGAAAAAUAAAAUCAAUUCUAAAUUGUAUCACUGACAAGGCAUAUAAUAGAAUGUGAUCCACCUCUUGACUGAAAUUUAAAUUGGUAUGUAAGGAUUAUAUAAACCCGUUCCUUUCAAACCUUAUUUGUAGCAAAGCAGCAUGAAAAUCCAUUUCCUUCCACAACAAAUACUUUUGUUUCCUUUCAUUUUAGUUAACCUACAUCAGCAAAUCAAAUGAGUGGUUUUAGUGACACCUGUUGUUCUGUCAAUGCAAUCUCCCAUGUAAAAAAAAUAGUAUUAGUUGUAACUAUGGGGUUUAUUGCCAAGGAUUGCGCUGAUAUCUAGGUCAGUAGUUGUUUGUUUGUUUUAUGUUAAUGGUCUUGUGGCACAAAGGAGUUAAGCUUUUAUAGCUGUACUCAAAAGUGUUAUUUUUUUGUCGGCUUCAAGUUUCAGCAUGAUGGCUUAAUUGCUGUAUAGAUCUUAUAUAUACUGAUUUUGCAAUAAAAGAUAGCAAGAACAAAAAAAUUGUUUGGAACACACCAGGGUAAUAAAAGAAGUAAAAUACAUUGAAUCUUGA